GCCAUUAUUAGUUAUGAGUUAUGAGUAAAAACAUUGAAAAAUCGACACCUUACAUUUCGUUUGGACUAUGUCUAUACAGUCCAUGUCCAUUAUCCACAACCUUAAAUCCGCCACCUAUGUCUUCUCUUCCUCUUCCUCUUCUUUGCGCAACGCUUCCACAUUCCCGACUCAAUUAUCUUUCAAAGUACCCAUCUUUUGCUCCAAUUCUUCACCUCUUUCUCGUAGAAUCUUCCUUCCAUCGGUUUCCGGCAUCUGGGACGCCUUGACCGGCGGCGGCAAUAACAAUACCCACGUAGCCGUUCUUGCAAUUCGACGCGGAAUGUCUCUUUUCAGACAGGGUGAUGUUUUAGGGUCUGUUGCGGAGUUUGACAGAGCAAUUGAGUUAGACCCUCGUCAAAAGGCGUAUCUUUGGCAAAGGGGCCUCUCACUUUACUACCUUGAUAGAUUUGAAGAAGGAGCUGAGCAGUUUCGGUUAGACGUUGCUCAAAAUCCAAAUGAUACAGAAGAGUCCAUAUGGUGUUUUCUGUGUGAAGCUCAACUAUAUGGAGUAGAUGAAGCUAGGAAGCGAUACCUCGAGGUUGGCAUUGAUCCAAGGCCAGUCAUGAGGGAAGCAUAUAACAUGUUUAAACAUGGUGGGGAUCCUGAAAAGCUUGUAGCUGCAUUCUCUAAUAGCAGAGAUGGUGAAUAUUUUUAUGCUUCACUCUAUGCCGGGCUUUUUUAUGAAUCUCAGAAUGAAAGUGAUGCUGCUAAAGUUCAUAUAGUUGCUGCUUGCCAGUCUUCUUAUGGACAAAGGUCUGAUGAUUAUAUGGCUUCUCUUUCCAAGGUUCACUGUCUUUGUCGAAAUUGGAUCUUCAGCUGAAAUAUUUUGUAGCUUGUCCAUGUUGCAAGAUGAAGCUCAUUCAUAAGUUGUUCUAUACACUAUAGUUCUUGAUAGAAUUUAUAUAAUUCCUUCAUCAUUUCACUUCAUUUUGUGGUAAAAGAAAAUGAAAAUUAGCUGACUGUACUGGAAAGUUUUUUUCUAACAUGUACUUCAUUGAAAUAAUGAAAUUAUUAUCAUUUAGAUGAGUAAACUACCAAAGGGUUCUGAAA